AAAAGUACAGCCGUUAUUACCUGGACCAUCUUGACCUGCCAAUUUUUAUCAGCAGCUGAUUCCCUGCUUAACAUUAUUGACGAGAGCCACUACUUUCUGUUUCAACAACAAACUCUGACUCUGUUACAGAGGAAGAAUGGCGCAGUCAGUCCUUGAACAGUUGACUGACCUUGUUAAAGUGCUCGCUCUCGUGAUCUAUUAUUGGCUGGUUGCCAUAGUGAAGUCUGUUCUUCCAGCCAGUAUCCAGGGCAAAGAUGUUUCCAAGGAGACGGUUCUGAUAACAGGAGCAGGCAGCGGCAUAGGACGUCUGAUGGCUGAAAGGUUUGCAAAGCUAGGUUGUCGUCUUGUACUCUGGGAUGUCAACGAAACUGGAAAUGACGAAACCGCGAGCUUGUGCCGCAGUUCUGGCGUAACUGUCAAGACAUACACCAUAAAUUUGUGUUCCAGAGAGGAUGUGUAUCGUGUGGCUGCAAAGGUGAAGGAGGAUGUUGGACAGGUUGACAUUCUGGUGAACAAUGCUGGUAUUGUGACGGGCAAAAAAUUCCUCGAUUGUCCUGAUAACAUGGUCCAGAAAACCAUGGAAGUGAACGUAAUGGCACACUUUUGGACCGUCAAAGCCUUUUUGCCAGAGAUGAUCAAAAGAAACCACGGUCACGUUGUAAACAUUGCAAGUUCCGCUGGAUUGAUAGGAGUUAAUGGCCUUGCAGACUACUGCGCGAGUAAAUUUGCAGCUGUCGGGUUUGACGAGUCGCUGCGUUUCGAGCUGCAGUCAAUGGGACGGACGGGAAUUCACACCACUGUUGUCUGCCCCUUCUUCAUCAGUACUGGAAUGUUUGAGGGGGCAAAGACGAGGUUUCCCUUUAUUCUGCCAGUUCUGAAACCAGAAUAUGUUGCUGACAAGAUUGUGGAUGCUGUUCUGUGUAACCAGACCAUGUUAUGUCUACCCAGAAUCCUCUAUGUCUUCUUCGCACUCAAAGGAGUGUUGCCUCAUACCUGUCUGCAACUGCUUUGCGACCACCUGGGGGUUAACAAUUUUAUGGAUGAAUUUAAAGGGAGACAAUAGUUUGACAUAUCCAGUGACAGAGUGACUUCCCUUUCUACAAAAGGAUUUGUUUUAAAGGGAGAUUAUAAGUAAAGGUUGAAAUAUUCAGUGGCAGUGUGAUAUCCCAUGUUAUGCAAAAAUAAUUGUUGUGAUUUUAUUUAAACAUUUUGUUACAUUAUUGCUUUGCAAUUUGCAAACUAGGGGACCAUAAAGAAUUAUCUGCCCUGUUAUGUAAACAUUGAUUAUUUAUUUUGUUAGAUCUCUGCUAUUUGAUUUCGAAGCUAGAUAUGUUAUUCACCCAUGAUAUAUGAACAAAAAAAGAAGAUAAAUGUAUGUGUGAAUGUUUUAGGGGCAUUUCAUAAAAAUAAACAUCAGCAAGAUUAUUUUCAUCCCUCAUCGUAUUUCAUACUAUGAACAUUAUCCACAAAUGCCAUCAAACUUCCCAUUGACAGUGACAUUUAUCUUAUAUGGAUGUAUAAUGAUUAAAAAAAGGGCUUUCCAAACCAACAACAGACUUCUGUAUAUAUCAAAUACAGCAUCUUAAUUCUUAUAACUAUUGGAUGGUCACUGGUUCGAUCCCCACCACCAUUGGAGCGUUCUUUUGAUCUCUGUAAAGAAAUCAAGGACUAAUUCUACCAGGAGAUGGACUUGAGAGCGUUUCAAUUUUAUCCAGGAAAUGGACCUGGGCUUUCUAUGCAAACAAGCUCAAAUAAAUUAGUUUUAAAAAAGGAUUAGCAGGAUGGCAAAUCUCAUAUUGACUACUUGAAAAUUGGUUUUUAAGCUGUUUGCGUCUUGUCUACAGGAAUUAUAAUUUCAAAUUCUGGUGAAAUAUGUAUUUUGUCCCUUUUAUGCUCUUGAACAAUAUUGACAAUGUGGACAGUUGAUGUUGCACAUUUUUGCAUCUACCAUCUACAGAAUGAUUUUUUUUUAAAGAAUCUAUUAAAAUUAAAAUCAAGACAGUAAAAAAUGUUAUUAGUUCCAUAAAAAAAUGCACUGACUUUUUAUGUCAUAUUGUUUUUGCCCUGUCUGUUGGAUAGUUGGUUGGUUGGUUGGUUUGUGUGUUUGUUUGCUCCAACUUUAACAUUUUGCCAUAACUUUUGCAAUAUUGAAGAUAGCAACUUCAUAUUUGGCAUGCACGUGUAUCUCAUGGAGCUGCACAUUUUGAGUGGUGAAAGGUCAAGGUAAAAGUCAUCCUUCAAGGUCAAAGGUCAAAUAUAUAGCUUCAAUGCGGCGCAGAAGGGGACAUAGUGUUUCUAACAAACACAUAUCUUGCUAAACAUUUUAUUAUCCUGACAUUGAUAUGCCUCUUGAACAAUUAUUUACAGUUUGUGAAAAUCAUCUUUAUCAGGGAUUCUUGUUGCAUAUCAGGAAAUAAGAUGAAGUGUACAAUAACUAUUGCUAAAGCUUGUAGUUUCUUAUGUUUAUAUUGCAUACACUAUUUUUCUAUGUAAUGACUUUGUACUUCAACAUGACGUAUGAUACAAUUUUAAUAUUCAACACUAAAGCAGUAUUUUAUAUACCAUGUGAACAAAUAAGUAUUAAGCCAUUAACAUUUUAAUUAUCACACUUGACCCUUUACCACUUAGAAACUUAUUUUGACGCAUUUGUAAAUUGUAUUCACUUAGAAAGUUAAAUAUAAUUAAAGACUUUUCUUACUAUAUUCAAGUUUUAAAGGCUUCAAUUCCAACCUUUAGAUACUGAUGAGCAUCAAACAGCAUAAAACCUUAACGGAAUGCUAGUUACUCACAGACUGUUCUGGUUUUAUGCUGUUUGCACAUAGCCAUUUUCACUUUAUUUCUGAGAGGGAAAGGGUUAAUAAUAAAGUUCACUUCUAAAAACAUCAGUUAAUGGUUAAUUUUAAAAUGUGAUUGACUGGUAUGAUGGGAUGGUUAAAUACUCUGAAAUCUUAAGGUUAAUAAUAACUCACCCUAUUAUAUUACAUUCCUUAAUAGACAACCCUGUGGCAUCUACAAUUUUCAAACACAUAUACCAUAGCACAUAUAAAUUGAAUGGUUGAUUUCAGAGCGUGCUACAAUUUUUAAACACAUGUAGUUAUUUACAUUGAAUGAUUAAUGUCAGAGCAUGGACGGAUAUAAAUUAAGAACCCUGGGAUGUGAGCAUUUUAUUCAGCUUGUUGUCCCCUACCGGUUUCACGUCCCCUACCGGUUUCACAGGAGGGGACUUAUGGUUUGCGCUCUGUGUGUCUGACUGUCUGUCUGUGAGUCUGUCUUUCACACUUUUCUGGAUCCUGCGAUAACUUUAAAAGUUCUAAAUAUUUUUUCAUGAAACUUGAACAUGGAUAGAUGGCAAUAUAGACAUUAUGCACGUAAUUUCAUUUUGUUCCUUCUUUAGAAAUUCUGGCUGCUAUGGCAACAACUAGACUAGAAAUACUGCUGAAAAUGGUGGUUUUCUGGAUCCUGCGAUAACUUUAAAAGUUCUUAAUAUUUUUUCAUGAAACUUGCAACAUGGAUAGAUGGCAAUGUGGACAUUAUGUACGUCAUUUCAUUUUGUUCCUCCCUCAAAAAUUGUGGUUGCUAUGGCAACCAAAAAAUAUUCUGACAAAGGUGGAGACGGUAGGGGACCAUAUUGCUUGACAAUAGCCUUGUUUUAAUUUUGUUUAAUUUAUUAAAUUCAUUUUGAUUGAAAUAAGGCCCUUAUUAAAAUACUAAAAAAAAUUUUUGCACAUGGGUCUUUAACAGUCUUUUUACAAGCCAAGAACAUAAUCAAAUUCAAUUCUCCUCCAAUGCAUAAUUCCUUAAAACAUAACUGGAUAAAUGUUAUAAAUGUUAAAUUUUAUUUUAUAUGCAUGUAUUACUUUAUUGUUUGUGUAAGCCAUUUUUUUAGAACUAAAAUGUCUUAAAAUUGAUGAGAAAAUAUAUUUUGUUCAACAACCGUUCUUACUAAUACCAAUAAAUAAUUGAUCCACUUAAUAUUAAAUUAAGCAAUUGCUUUAUUGCACUUUUAAUAAGAGGCUAUCUUGAGUUUUGAGUUAAAUAUAAGGAUGUCUUCACACUCAUUGACAUGCAAACAAUGUAAGUAUGUCUAGUCAACAAAAUAUAUAUAUGGUAGUGCUAGUCUGAAAAUUAGAUAUCAUUGUUGAAGAAAAUAUUGAUUACGUUUGUUAUUUUUUUACAUAAAGUGUCCAAACAUUUUACGCUUUGUUUUACUAUAUCAUGCCUGUGGAAUAAAAGUCUCUUGAAAAACAAUUUAUGUAAUUCAAUUUGUUUCUUAAUGAUUUGUUCUGUUAACAGUAACGAUGUGACGUAAAAUGUUGCAUCUAUUUGUAAAAUUUCUGUUGCUCUUUUUAUGCCCCCGAAGGAGGGCAUACAGUGAUUGGACUGUCCGUCUGUCCGUCACACUGUGUGUUUAGGUUUCGCGUCAAGGUUUCAAAAAUGCUCAUAAGUUCUAUGUCCCUUCACAUGGCAACUUGAUAUUUGGCAUGCAUGUGUUUAUUAUGGAGCUGCACAUUUUUAGUGGUGAAAGGUCAAGGUCAUCCUUCAAGAUCAAAGAUAAAAAAAAUGUAUCAAAGCUGCGCAGUAGGGGACAUUGUUUUUCUGACAAACACAUCUCUUGUUUUAUACUGGAAUAGUUUGUCUGUCGGUAGACAUAAACUUGUCCAGAGGCAUUAUCCUACACUUUUCAACCUACAACUUUCAAACUUCAGCCAUUGUUUCUUAUGAAAUUGUAACUUUCAUUAUCCUUCGUUAAAAAUUACAAAAAUGAUGCCUGUUUCAACUAUGACCUGACAAACUUGUUUGCAGAUGUUCUCCUACACUUUUCAAUGUAAUAAUUUAAGACUUGCAGUCAUUUUUAUUGACCUGAAUUAACAAUUACAAACGUUAUGCUGCUUGUUAUGCAACCAGGUAGGGUGCAUAAAGUGAUCGGCAUAGCUGUUCGUUCGUCCCUCUGUACCAUUUUGUGUCGGCAUUCCUGUUGAUUGUACAUGGAAAAUUCAAUUAUUUUAAGCAGUAUGUUUUAAGCAGUGAAUAAAAACUGAACACUA